AUCACUUCAAUCUGUUACCAGUUGGUGCAUGUUCCAUCAUUCAUUGGAAACUGAUGAAUCAGUGAUCAUAUUAUGAGUCGAAGGACUCACAGGCAAUCGUCCUGAAAGAGAGAGGAAGAUGCAAGAAAUCUCUACUGCUUGUUUAAUUUUGGGACGAAGAUUAGCUCAUAAUUACCGAAAAGGUACCACUCUUCUUCCCUUUCUCAACUUCAAGUUCAAUCCAUUGUUGUCAGCAGCAUCAAUUCAUACCCAAACUUCAACAAACCCGAACCCUAACCCUAACCCUCCUGAUCGGAGGCAAUUACAGAAAUUAUUGUUAGAGAAAUCGAAAUUGGGUUUUGAUAAACUCGAUGAUGCUCUUAGUUUGUUCCAUCGGAUGGUCCGAAUGCAACCCCUGCCUUAUGUUAUCCACUUCACUCAGCUGUUAAUUGGUAUUGCCAAAAUGAAGCAUUAUUCCACCGUUAUUUCUCUGUUUCAAAAAAUGCGCUUGUCGGGUAUUCCGGUUAAUGACUAUACCCUUAAUGUUGUAAUUAAUUGCCUUUGCCGCUUGAAUCGAGUAGAUUAUGGGCUUUCUGUCUUAAGUAGUUUCUUCAAACUUGGUUAUGUACCGGGUGUAUAUACUUUCGGCACUCUAAUGAAUGGGUUCAUUUUACAAGACAAGACUGCUACGGCCAUGGAAUUGUUCAAUAAAUUGAUAAAAGAGGGAGAAAUCAAACCUAACGAAGUUAUGUAUGGGACUAUAAUAAAUGGGCUUUGCAGGAUGGGAAGUACUACAACUGCUAUAGGGCUUCUUAGGAGUUCGCGAAAAUGGAACUAUAAGCCUACUGUUGUGAUGUAUAACACACUUAUUGACGGUCUUUGCAAGGACAGAAAUGUGGAUUAUGCUUUGAGCCUCUUAGUGGAAAUGGCCCAGCAGGAUAUUAUACCAGACUUGAUCACUUACAACACUUUGAUUCGUGGAUUAUGUAAUUUAGGCCGGUGGGAGGAAGCAACAAGAAUGUUGAGAGACAUGACAGACAAGAAUGUUUUUCCAGAUGUUCUUACUUUUACUACACUGAUAAAAGCACUUUGCAAGGAAGGCAUGGCAAAAGAAGCGGAGGCUAUUCUUGAAGUCAUGGUCCAAAGAGGUGUUGGUCCCAAUGCAGUCACGUACAGUACACUGAUGGAUGGUUAUUUUUUGCAAGGCCAAAUGGACAAAGCAAUAGAAGUCUUUCAUUCCAUGGUGGAUAAGGGCAUUGAGCCGGACAUUCUUUGCUAUAACAUUUUGAUCAAUGGAUAUUGCAAGAAUAUGAAAAUUGAGGAGGCCAUGAAUCUUUUCCGUGAAAUGCCUCGUAAAGGAUUGAAACCCACAAUUCAUACUUACACUGCUAUGUUGCAGGGAUUGUUUGGGGUUGGUAGGUGUUUGACUGCUGAAGGACUUUUGAAUGAGAUGCAAGCUAAUGGUCAGCGUCCAGAUUUUUAUACUUAUUGUGUAUUACUGGAUGGAUUAUCCAAGAAUGGCCGUAUUAAUGAAGCAUUGUUGCUGUUUCAGGAGCUAGAAUGCAGUGCCAUAAAUCCUGAUAUUACUAUGCACAAUAUAUUAAUUAAUAGAUUUUGCAAAGAUCGGAAGCUUAAGAUGGCAAAGAUUCUAUUUGGUAACCUUUCUGCUAAAGGGUUGCAGCCCGAUGUUCACACUUUUACUAUGAUGAUUGGUGGAUUUUGUGAACAAGGGCUAUUGGGUGAGGCAAAUGAGUUACUCGUGAUGAUGGAAGAGAUGGGUUGUAUGCCUAAUCAUGCAACUUACAAUGUUAUGGUCCGUGGAUUCCUUAAAGCAAAGGACUACAAUGAAGCAAAAUUACUUCUGGAGAAAAUGACUGAGAGUGGCUUUUCAGCAGAUGCAUCUACUUUAGCUACAGUCGAUCUACUCUCAGCUAAAGGUCAAGAUCCUAGUCUCUUUCAUAUGAUUGAAAAGUUGGUGCGAGAUGAUAGACAUGAAAUCUGUAACACCAAAGAAAUUUGUUAAGCCAUCAACAGGCAUGCUAUCUCUGGCGGUCACAUGUUGGAUAGUUGUUAGCUCUCUUCAAUUUGGUCUUUGAAGCAUCAUUAUGAAAAUAUAUCUUUUGGGGAAUUUGGUAGGUAAGUUUUUACUUGAUUGUUUUUAUCAUUCGCAACUUGACACUAUAAGGAAGUGAAACAAUUGGUUCAAGGCUUUGGAUCUUCAUCAUCUUGUGCUUCCAGUUCCUCCUCGGGUGUGAAUGGUUUCUUGUGAUAUUUGCUGGUUGCAGAUUGAAGUUCUCAAAGGUUUUGGUGCAUUUCCUGAAUGAUAUGUUUUGGCUGAAGCAAGUUACAACACUUGGCAUGUCAAAUAGACUAGGAGUUCCAGCAAUUCCCAUUCUAUACAACUGAAUGAUACCAAUGAAGAAGAAGGCCAUACUGGAAAGAAUGCGCAAAUUCAAACUGCAACACGAGACCUGAAGUUCCUUGGCAGAUCAGUGAUGAGGAGAGAUAGAUUGCUAAUUGUAUUUAUAUGAAUAUACUGGGGGUUGGGUUGUUUGUAACUACAAUAUGACACAUGAAUGUUCGUGUUCGCAUCCAGUCAUCAAAGGCAGCUAGAGUUCAUGGCCUGAGCUCUUUUAAGUGCAGGCAGUGUUGCAGCAACAAUUCAGAGGGAGAAUGCUUUGGUCACUGUCUGAUUGUGUUAGAAGGAAUAACUGCACUGAUUGUCUGUGCAUCUGACUGUACUUUUGGGUAGAUAAAGAUUGCAUUGUUGCAGGGUUGCUGGUGCUUGACUAGUGAUUGUUAUUGAGCGAUGACCAAUGAUAAUUUCCUCUACCGUAUUGCCUUUCGUGGUAUUUAUCAUGUACUUCUGGGACCUGAGUAUUCACACUCCAUUUUUUUUUUCUUUUAGCCUCUCACAAGAGGAGUGUGGCAGCCUAAAAGUGGUGUGUGAAUUUAGCAUUAAUUACUGUGAUAUUGUCUUUAUAUGGGAUCCCCAAGAAUGCAAGAAGUAUAGUUCAUGUCUCUCUCUAUGGUAACACCAAUUGGUUUUAUACACUCGAGAACAUUGUGCUUUUGGACUUCUUUGGCCCUCACUUUUUCUCCAAGAUUUUUAAUCCUUUCAGACGUAGCAUGUGGGUUUAAACUACUUUGGUCAAGAUGUGAUUGUGUGUUUUUUUGGAGCUGGACUGAAUAGGCACAAAGGAAGUUCAUUCUUUCAGUCAGGUUUGGCACUUGGCUGUGUAAGUAUGGUCUCUUCAGUUUGGGGAAAUCUUGAUUAUCAAGUCCACAUGUAUCCCAUCUUCAAAUGAACAAUCCCUUGACUUCACGUCUUUCACACUGUUGUAUCAGAUUGUCAUUUCUUUCUUAUUCCCUUCCUGUACUUUUUAUUAUUAUUAUUUAGGUGUGGUCCUCAUUAAACUCUUACAGCUUAAUUACGUUAACAUCCAAAAUUGAAAAUAGUUCCUCAGUUUUUUCUUUAGUUCCAACCAAUUGGUGUUUGUUAUUGAUAUGAAGCAAAACUCCUGGUAUCAAAUUCUGUUGUCUAUUUGAAGGAGGGAAGGGGGCAUUUGUAUUUCAGAUGGCGCUGAUCGAAAAAUUAGUUCUUCCUUCAUAGUGAAACAAUUUAUUAUGGCAUUGACUCUAGAGUAUCAUCUUUAAGGGAAAUUGGUGGUGGAUUGAUUGGGAUAUCAGGGCUUUUAGGUAUUAAUUCAAAGGCUGAAACGUAGGGAACAUGCUGGUUUUAAUUUUUGAGUUUUUGGAUUUUCUAUUACUACAGGAUUUGAAUUUGGAUUGAUGGUGUUGACCCUUGGAAUGUGAUGCCUUAAAUUGGUUAGCAAGCAUGACCAAUGUUCUAAUUAUGGACUUUUUAUGUACUAAUAAGUGAUUCCAUGAUCUAUUGUGGUAACAUAUUUAAAGUGAUUCAUUAACAUUUUGCAGGUAACAUUUUGUUGCAUGGCUCAGCUGUCUUCCUUAUUUUGCAGCCACUCUGAACACCAAGAUUUGGCUUCUUCAAGGUUCCACCAACUUCUCUACCUGUAUUUCGUUUCUUUAGCUUGAGAUCGAUGGCCACAAAUGAGGUGCAACCUUAGCUCAUUGUUCGUAUCCAUUGUCUAUGGUGUCAAUGUUACUUUCUGGCACACUCCUUGGUUUUUUGGCAGCAACUUGAAUUAUUAUCAACUCGGUAAGUUUUACUGCUUACUGGGCCUAUUAAGUGGAUUGAAUUUUUUGCAUGACCUCCUCUGAGCUAGACCGCUACAAGUACAGAUCAACAAGGCUGUGAAAAUGAAAGGGAAAUUCAAACUGUGAAAUAAUAACUCCUCUCAUGCAUGUAUAUUUGUCUUCCAUCUCUGCAGGAGGGAGAUUGUAACUACAACAUGUUCUCAUCCAGUCGUCAAAGGCAAUUCUCUAAAACUUUGAAACUUCACGAAGAAUUUAAACUUCUCUUCAUAAGUUGAACUGAUAAUCUCAUAUUACAAAAUGGUUA